AUGUACCCCAGCUCCCAGUCGGCCAGACACCCGGCCCAGGCUCUGUCAAUGAGCAGUCAGUACAUCCCGCCUCCGUAUGACUUCUACCAUCACCACGGUGACCCGUCGCCGACGAGCGCCUGGAGCUCACUUUACGCGCCGCGGGAGGAGUACGCGUACAGCUACCCGGGAUCGAGCCCCAGCGCCGGGCAGGUGAGCAGCUUCACCCCCGUGGAGCUGAGCGGCACGCCCACCACCGCCGGAGGGGGGUCGUUCGCCCCGUACAACUUCAUCUCCGGACAGGACCCGUUCAACUGCAGGGGGAGGCCGCAGGAGCCCCUCCGACCGUCCGCUCCAGGAGGGAAGACUCGCACGAAGGACAAGUACAGGGUGGUGUACACUGAUCAGCAGCGUCUGGAGCUGGAGAAGGAGUUUCAGGCCAACCGCUACAUCACCAUGAAGAGAAAGACCGAGCUGUCAAUGGCGCUGGGCCUCUCUGAGAGACAGGUGAAGAUCUGGUUUCAGAACCGACGCGCCAAAGAGAGGAAAAUGACCAGGAAGAAGCUGCAGCAUUCCCAGCAGGCCUCCACCACCACGCCCACCCCACCUGCACUCUGUGGCCCCGCCGACAUCAACAUCGCCACCAGCCCCAGCAGCAACAUCCUGUCCGAUGCAAUCUCAGAGGAUUACUAGGUAGAUUUCACAUGACUGACGGAUGAGUGUACAUAAAGUCUUUUUUGUAAGUUUCCCACAGAAUGAAUGAAGAUUGUAAUGCUGCACCUUCCGCUUCUCACAAUAACAAGCAAUGUACUUUAUUUUUUGUACCGAUCGUCUCUGAGUUCGCUGACCACAGGACUUUUUACUUGUCGUCAAACAUGUGUUUUGAAGAACUGGUGGUUAAAUUGAUGAUAAAACAGUCAUUUUGGAAGUUCCUCUAUUGAAUGUUAGUGGAAGUUGAGAAACGGCUGCAAAGUCACGCAUUAGCGACAUGAAGCCACAUAGGAGAAAAGGAUCGUUUUUUCUUCUCACUCUCUUCUUGCUCUAACCACAUCCUCAAAGUCAAAGAACAUAAAAAAAGAUUGUCUAUCAGAUGGAUCUAAAAACACUGUUUCAGUUUUUUGGAAUGUUUGAGAAAAAGAGAUGGAAUAUGUUCUUUGUUACCGACAACAAAAGAACGAUUUUUAAUGUGCAUUCUGUUGAAAUGUUGAUGCAGGUUGUAUUAUUGGAACGGAAGUUAAAAUCAGUAUGUUUCAUGGGAGGAAGGCAGCUAAGUGGAGAGAAGGAGGUGAUGAGUGUGCAGAAAUGUGAAAAAAAGAAAAGAAAAAGGAAGUAAAAGCUGUGAGACUUGAGUAUAAAAAUAUAGAGCUGACAUUUCUUCCUAAACAAGUACGAAAAUAUUGUGAAAACAUUUUUAUCUGUUUUAAGUUAAAAUGUAAUUUCUUUCUCCUGUUUUUGAUGCAACACUGCGAUACAAGACAAACCGUGUUUAUAAAUAACCGCGGAGUCCUUCAGGCGGCAGGGUUUGGCCACGACCCUAAAAUAGCUGUAAAUAGCCACAUUACACAUGAUCUAUAUUUGAGGUGAAAGAAAAAGGCAUGUUAGAUGACACAAAAUCUUUAAGUAAUUAUUUUAAUAAUCUUGAGAUUGAGUUUAUUCAUGUUUUUAAGGCAGCAGAUGAACUUAAGUUUUUAAGUGGUAUAACCUUAAUAAUCAGCGUGGUAAAUAAGCUUUUACCAAAAAUCCAAACUGAAUUCUUGUUGUGUCUCAGCAGACGCUCUGGCUUGAAUAAGCCAUCUCUUUGAGCUAUGGUCUAUAAUCACUUCCCUUUUCAACUGUAUAAGUGGCUAAAAAUGUGUUUAAACUGUUUUUGCAGUUUCUGUCAUCAUUUCUUUUUUGUGUGUUGCAACAUGGACCGCAGAGACGUUUAGACUAUAACAAUUAAAUAAAUUAAUCAAAGGUUUCACCUAGUCUACAUUGUGACACGAACACUUGCUUUUAAAUAUGUAUCUCCUAUCUGUUUUAAGUCAAAAUGUAAUUUCUUUCUCCUGUUUUUGAUGCAAAGAAAUAACCACAGAGUCAGUCAGGCGACAGGGUUUGGCCCCAACCUUAAAAUAGCUGUAAAUAGCCACAUGACGCAUGAUCUAUAUUUAAGGUGAAAAAAAAGGCAAUGCUUCUCUAUCAUUUUUUUGAUUGAUGUAUGUAUCAAAACUAAGUAUGUACUAUGUAAGAAGUGCUAAUACAGUUGUAUAUAUUCCUAAGUCACUUUAAAAGAGGCGGAAGAAAAAGAAGUGGCAAAUGUAGCAACUGUAAAUUUAGUCCCAACCAGGAUAACUGAGACAGUUUUCAAAUUAAACCACUGUACCACCAA